CACUUGAAAGAGAAGAGAAGCAAAGAUGUUUUGGAAAAUGGAUGGUAUGAGACUAGAGGACAUCCUCCCUGUACCGAAGAAACAACCGGGACGACAUUUCUCGGGUGGUUAUCACAUGCUUGGAAAGACUGYGUCUUCCUAUGACGACAAGUAUGCACAGAUGACGUAUGGUGAUCACUAUCGUAAGAAAAUCGAAGGGGAAAUCGAACGGGAAAGAAAUCGUUUAGAUGAGGUCAUGAUGGAGCCGAAGCGUCAAGCAACACAGCAGAAAAGAUCAAUUAAAAUAGCACAAAAUACGGUUAAACGUUAUGACUUGAAUGAACUGAGACACCAUCAAAGGCGAUGCGCAGCACUUUUGUUUGGUGCAAGACAACAGGGAAACCAUGAGGUUCCUUAUCUGGUGCGUUGGGCACCACGUCGACGAGAGAGCUACUAUUUGAUGAGUGAGAGAGUCUACAAUGAUCGUCUUUUAAUGAAGCUAAGAGAACAAGAAGAGGAAGAAAGACGUAGAAUGCUAGCAAGUCCCAUGAACUUUGAUUUUGAUGACAACUUUGGCAACACACGUCAAUUGUAUGAGUUCCAAAAACUAGUUAGUCAAACGUCCAGACAAAUCAAAGGAUUGAGCUUCGAUACUGAAUACAAAGACUACAAGUUUGAUUUCAAAYCAGAAGAAAAGACAAGGCUCGAAGAACAGCAAGGACGUGUCAGUGCUUCGCCCUCCAAAGAUAGCGAGAACGCCAAACGAAACUCGAAGCAGAGUAAAGUUCAAUUUAGUGACGUCACAGAUUACGAAAGCGAUAGCCAUGGAGAGAGACUAAGACGAGAGCGCAGACGUGCAAGACGCGAAGCGAGGAAAACAGAAGGUGAACUGGGUAUGAGYGAUAUUGAAUUAGACCUUUCUUCCCCAGACGUCCAAGGCAGGGGAGAAAUUGAUUCUUCACUGGAUGGAAUGGAUGAUGAAGAUCGUCGUUUAAGCGAGUUGCUGAGCAAGAUGUCACUCGAAGGAGCAUCGAAAAUGUCACUUCAAGGAAGAAACUCAAAGGACUAUAGAAGAAAUAGAAAAGCUGGUUCACUAUACAGUUCCGACUUUGAAGAGGGUUCAGAAGAUUACUCGUAUGAUGGAUCUUCUUUUGCUAACAAAUCGCUCUUGAGCAAUGGAGAGGAACUUGAAGAUGGUGUUUCAGAAAUCGGAGGGGCUCACAACAACAAAUACUGCAAACAUUCACCAACAUUCUCCAUGAAGAAAAGAUCGCAAGAUUAUUAUAAGAAGCURCCUCGACUACUAAGAACCUCAGAAUUGCGUGAAAAGGCUUCGAAACUGAAAGAAAAAACUYGUUUUMAGCCWACAGGACCRUUUGUCAAUCAUGAGUGCAUGACGUCUUACAAAACUGCUUACGAACGAGCUCUUGCUCUYGUCCGUGGACGAUCUCUUCCUGAACAUUACACUGACUUAUGGAAUAGAACAUCCCGUAUGACCUUCUCGUAUCUACCGGGUAUGCCYGGUACCGAGAAGACUGUGUUCAAGGACAAAAAGGGCGGGGAACGAAGACUGGAUUUGCCUAGAGGACCGAGUGGUCUGAAAGGGAUUCUGGGAGAUGUAGAUAUGAAUGACUUCUACAGGGAAGAAGAUGAGUUGAUCUACUAUAUCAAACCUGAUGAAUUGAAAACUGUUGUGGAAUCCUCGUCAAAAAAUGAUGAUAGCAGUGAUGAUAGCAGUGAUGAUGAUGAUGAUGACACUACUCUGUCUGCUACCUUAACAAGAGCCACCUCAGAAUCUUACACUUUGAAGCUUAAGUCUUCAUUGGGCAGCGAAACGGAAUUGUCAAAGUUUUAAAGAUUCUGGAAAGGACUGACAUUGCAACUUUCCUCGUCUACUUUUUUUUUUUAAAUUAUCUAUAGAAUGGUUUUUACUUCCGUAAAAUAUUAUACCGGUUUAAAAAGUCUGCCAUCAGCUUUCGUAAUGGGUCGUCAUUGAAAUGUUAUAGAUCCAAGUAUCAUUGAGUGCACUGAGCAAAUAAUUUUUUUAUUAUUGCAAAGAUUUACCGGCAGUGAAGAAAUAAAAAAUGUUCAA